UUACUUAUUUCUUCUACGAAAAAUUUAGCUGAUAGUUUAUGUGUGAUUAUUGUUACAUACUUUCCACCCGGCAAAACUUCACAAUGCGUAAAGUGUAGUUUCAGUUAUUUCUUUAUUACACGAAACAUUUCAUAUCUUAUUUUGGGUAAUUUUGAAUAUAUGCUUUUUGUAAGAAAAAAAUUAAGAAUGUUUUCGUGUAAUUAAAAUUAAGUAAAAAAUAAACUAUUUUUAGUGUCGUAUGUAGAAAAAAAUACUUAUUCGAUGUAUUGCAUCUAACAAUACAAGGCACGCAACGUACCUACACCACUUGCGGCUCGCUCUCGCUCGUCGGUUAGUUUAGUCGUGCGCUAGCGCUGCUUUGGGUUGCACGUAAUCAGAGUGCUUCGAUCGCAAAUAUUAUUAUUACGACGACCUACGUAAUAAAUUAUAACGUAUAUACUGUACUAGCAAAGAUGGAGGAAGAUAAUCCUACAAACAAACGACGUCGACUCUGCGCGUUGAUAAAAAAUCCACGAGUUAGGCGUAUGCUUAACAUGGAAUUGAAUGAUGUUCAAGACCCCAGUAAGUUAUUAUUAUUGUUUUGUAUAUUAUUGUAAAAUUAUUACCUUUUUAUUAUACGUUUUUAAUAUUAGUUUGAUUGUUUUGUUUAUAAGGUUAACUACACAAGCAGAGACUUAAAAGUAAGUUAGCUUGGCUGCUGUGUGAUACAUCUGCUAUGUUUGCAAUACUUGUUUUACUAAGUCAUUAACAUUUUAACAUGAUGUGCACUUACUAAUAUUGUUUCUCAAACUACUUAUUCCUCUUUUUUUAAUCUCUUGCGCUUACCUAUUUCUUAACACAGAAGAAUAAGGGUUAAUACUUGCCUACGUAAAGUUUUUUUUUUAAUUAUGUGCAUUGCCGUUAGCUUAUCGUAUUUACCACGAGACCUGUCACACUGCUGCGGCGCAGCUCCAGUGCGGCUUUUAUCGGCGGUUAUCCAUUCAAAAAACCGCGACACACCGGAGCUGCACCGCAGCAGUGUGACAUCUCAGCUAAGGUAAUAUAAUUAUUAACUUAAAAUAUAUUUAAAUACUUGUUAAAAGGUGGUUAAGGUGGUUGACUGUUAAAGUGGAUUUGUCUUUAAAUGUGUUAUAUAAUGCAACUACUAAAAGCAUGAAAUCGAUUACUUUGCUAUGUAAAUCGUGUAAAUUAAUGAAUGUUCUAACUUUCUUUAUCCAUUUUUUGCUCAUUUGCAAUAAUUUGGGUGUAUUGCCUUUAAAGUAAUAAUAAGUCUAGUCUAAUGUUUCACUGUCUUAAAGUAAGUGUCCAUUAUUAUUGGUGUCAACUGUUAGUAAGUAAGUCAUAAGUUUGGUCUUUGUAACUUGACGUUAAAUGAGAUUAGAUUACUUGAUGCUUACUUGGAGAUUGGGAAAAAAGGCUUUAUGUUUAUGCUGGCUUAUAAAUUGUUAAUAAAAUAUUGCAAUUACAAGGUCCUACUCGUAAAACAACAAGCAGAGAAAAAGAUGAAAGGGGAAUGCCAUCUUGCUCACGUAAAAACGAGGCUGUUUCGUCAAAAGCUCCUAAGGAUGAUGGAAAACGUAUAAAAAUUUUAAGCGAUCUUUAUUUGCCAGCCGCCUACAGUCAACAGGCGUCAUUUGCAGAUACAGAUUUUACAGCAUCACGUACAUACAAUAACAUUAAUUAUACGCAGUCUACAAAUAAAAAUACUUCCCAUAAAUGUGACGUUGAUAUAAUAAUUUCUGAAUGGAAUGUAGAGGAUGGUGUUAAUCAAGAUGUCUCAAAAAACUUAAAUAACAGUUACGAAGAAUUAGAGGAGCCAUUUUCACCAAAUGUUUCAGAGUAUAUUCCUGAAACUGAUUCAUUCGAUUCUGAUGAAAAUAUAUCUGCUGAAAAUGCACAUAAAAGACGCAGGAAACGUAAGAAGCCAAAUUUUCAAUAUACUCAAAAUAUUGAAAGUAAUAUGUGGUCAAAUAUUUGCACUAAAAGCGAUGUUGACGUGAUAUUAAAGCCUCCAAUAGGUGAAGAUCCUGAAGCAAGUAGUCCAAAAUCAUCUGUUGAUGUCAUUAUGUCUACACCACACUCAUCACGUCUUGCUAUUACAAAGAUAACUACCCCUGAUUCAUUCAAAGAGAUUUUAAGAACUGUACAAUGUCAACCUAAAGAAAAUAAACUGAAUGAGUAUACAGCUGUUGUAGAUGAAUCGAAAGAAAAUCAGAUUAUUUGUUUGACCUCCAAGCAAAAUAGAUAUUACUUUCGGAAAAAAGACACCACAUAUUAUGAGAAAUUUCAUUUUGUAGCGUCAACUUCUACAAUAUACAAUAGUUGCCACAUGAAUGUUGAUCAUAUUGAAAAUGAUAAUAGUAUGUUUGAUGUCACUGAAAGGAGCCUUUACUGCGAAAACAUUAAACCUUUGAAUCAAAAUCUUCCAAUACCGUCGUCAUCGAAUUCCAAUGAGGAUUCAGCACAAUCGACACAUAUUAACUUUAUCGCAUCACAGUUCACGGUGUAUCUUAAUGAUGAAAAUAUUUUUGAAAACAAUGAAACAGCAUUAACAAAAAGUCACAGUCGUAAAAGAGUUAGAGAUGAAAGUUCGUGGCAAGUAAACAAAAAUAAACUAUUGAAAAAUUCUGGAAAACGUUACCAUUCUAAAUCUGCUAAAAAAGAAAUAGAACGAAAGAUAAUGGGUGAUCCAUGUACAUGUAAAAAAAAGUGCACUGAAAAAAUUGAUCAAUCAGAAAGAAAACUUGUAUUUGAAAGCUACUGGCAGUUAGCUAAUCAUGAGCGUCAGUGGGAUUAUAUUUUAAAAUACGUUAAAGGGAAACCAACACGUGUUGCUCUAGUAGGCUCGAACAGACCUCGAUCGCAGACAGUGGUCUAUACGUUGCCAAAAAGUAAUGGACAUGAUACAGUUACUGUUUGCAAAAAGAUGUUUUUACAAACACUAAAUAUCAGCGACAAGACUGUAUACACAGCUCUUGAUAAGCAAGAAAUCCAGAAAGUUGUCGAUCUGCGAGGUCAACAUACUAAUAGACCAAUCAAAACAAGCGAAAGUACAACCAAAAGUGUUAUUGAUCAUAUUAAUAUGUUUCCACGUAAAGAAUCGCAUUAUCUCCGUAAACAAACGCAAAGAGAAUUUCUAGAUGAAAAGCUCAAUUGCGCUAAAAUGCAUCGUUUAUACUUAGAGUGGAUUAAGAAUAACCCAGAUUAUGAAAAUGUUACUCCAGCAUCCGAGAGAUGGUACUAUAAUAUAUUUACUACAAAAUUUAAUAUUGGCUUCUUCCAGCCAAAAAAAGAUUUGUGCGAAACUUGCAGCUUAUACGACCAGGCUGAUUCUGAACAAACUGAACAGUUGAAAGAAGAAUAUGAAAAGCACAUCAAAAAUAAGGAGCUUAUAAGAAAAAUUAAAAACCAAGAAAAAGAAGAAUUAGAUCCUAAAGAAAACACUGUGGCUUGUUUUGAUUUGGAAAAAGUAUUAUACUUACCGCAAUCAGAGGUUGGAGUUUUCCAUUAUAAACGCAAAUACCCAGUGUAUAAUUUCACAGUAUAUAACAUAUUGACAAAAAGUGGUCAUUGUUAUGUUUGGCAUGCCCAAAUAGCAAAAAGAGGUGCCAAUGAAAUAGCCAGCUGUCUAUGGUGUUAUCUACAAAGUGAAGCUGCGAAAGGAAUCAAAGUAAUUUCUUUUUAUUCGGAUAACUGCACUGGACAAAAUCGUAAUCGGUUUGUUUUUGCACUGUAUAUUCACGCAUCUAAAGAAUUGGGUAUAAAAAUUACGCACAGAUUUUUACAGAAAGGUCAUACUCAAAAUGAGGGUGACUCGAUGCACUCCUGCAUAGAAAAAAGCAAAAAAAAUCACGUACUCUAUAUUCCAGAAGAAAUAUAUGCAAUCAUUCGAAAUGCAAAAGUACAAGGGGAAAAAUACAAUGUCAAAGAAAUGACUCAAGACAUUUUUUUCGAUUUCAAAAAGCUUGUAGCCAACAAUAAAAACUGGGAAAAAGAUAACUUCGGAAAUAAAGUGAGUUGGAGUAAAGUUAAAGAGAUUUCGGCAGAUCCUCAAUGUCCGGGGAAAUUGCAAAUAAAAUAUGCAUUCGAUGAUGAGACACCAAUAAUUGUAGACACAAAUAGAAGCGGAAGAGUCAUGAGAAAAAAAAGAGCUGCAUGCAGCGAGCCUUUUGAAACACAUCAGGCAUUAGUGCAAUUAUACGAUGCGCCGCUACCGAUACCUGAAAAAUUAUACAAAGACUUGAUGAGUCUAUGUAAAUAUAAUUAUAUACCUCCACACUACCAGACGUUUUAUAAGAGUUUAAGUACUCAAUCUGCUGCCACCGAGUCCGAUUCCGAAAUUGAGGAUAAUGAAGGUUAAUAAAAAUAUCACUAUUCAUACUAAUAAUAUGAACAUUUCUUGAUUAAGCUGAUUAUGGAUGCUAUAAACAUUUCUUUAAAAAUAAU